UGUCAAUCAAAUCAAAGCACGUAAAUUAUAACGUGGGAUUUUAUGUAAAAUUCCAUUAGGUAUUAAUUGAUGUAACUUACGGUUUACAAGCAUACAAGCAUAAUAAUCACUCGUUGCGUGAGAAGUAUUAAACUUGAUACAAUAUGACCAGGUUUGCCAGGGCUCAAGGCUCUAAGGCUUCUAACCUAAAAUCUCCAGAAGAUAGUACUCCAUGGGAGGUAAUGAAAGAUCAAUUGCUAAAAUCUAAAAAAGAAAACGAAGAAAGCAAAAAUCGAGAAGAGGCGGAAAAGCAGAGAAUAGAAAACUACAAUAACUUUCUCAAAGAUCAAAAGACUCAGAAGAGAAAAGCUACAUGGUGUGAAUUCCCUGAAGCACAAACUAACAAUCAAAUAAGUUCAUCUUCAAAUGAAAGUAAAAACCAUGCAAAAAACAAUAAAAAGAAACCAAAUAAUCAAUGUGUGUCUAAUCCUGAAGCAAAUUUACAAAAUGGUAGAGAUGGUGAUGAUGAUCUGAAAAUAAAUAAGUCGCUUAAAAAGAAGAACAAGAAAAAGAAAUCAAAUAAUAUUGAACACAGCAUUGAGCCUUCAGCGAUAGAAAUAAAUGAUAAUCACCAGGAAGAUGUAAAAGAGGCCACCGAAAAUAACCAAGUUACAACCAACCACACACAACAAACUCCACAGAAGAAAAAGAAAAAAAAGGAGGAAAAGCAAUCCACAGAAAUAAAAGUGACUACACAGACUGAUGAAUCAGUAAACACCUCUGAGAAGGAAUUAAAUCCAGCAGAACCUAACAGACAACAGCCAGACAGUAAAAAAAAGAAAAAUAAAAGGAAUAAAAAACGAAAGAUUCCUGAGAAGAAUGUUAAUGAAGAAAGUAAUAAAUCGGAAAAUAGCACAGAACAAAAAUUGAGUACGCCAAAUCAACCUACACCAUCAAAGAAAUCAAAGAAAAAAAAGGACAAGCAGGGUCGCAGAAAACCUGUAAACGACAAUAGCUUCCAGCUUAUAAUCAAUUCAAAAGAAGUACAAUUAGUAAGAUAUGAUGGAUUCCCUAUAAUGAAAAGGGAUGCAGAAAGACUUGAGGAAUUAAAAAAAAGUAUGAUAGCGAAAGGCAUUCCGAAAAGCGAAGUCCAAAGGACCAUGAAACUAGAGAGGAGAAGAGCUGAGAAAGCUUUGGCAAGACUUAAAAGAGAUGUAUGUUAUAAUUGUAGGAAAGGUGGCCACAAUUUAUCUGAUUGUCCAGAUUUAAAGGCUAAUAUUCCCGGUGCUGGUGCAGCGGAUGGUGUAUGCUUUAAAUGUGGCUCCACAGAGCAUAGGCAGUUUGAAUGUAAAGUGCAGAGGGAUAAGGAGUUUAGAUUUGCUACUUGUUUUAUUUGCAAGGAAGCUGGUCAUAUAGCAAGGCAAUGUCCUGAUAAUCCUAAGGGCUUGUAUCCAAAUGGUGGGUGCUGUAAACUUUGUGGAGAUGUCACUCACUUGAGAAAGGAUUGUCCAACAGUAAAUGAGAAGAAGGAAAGCACUUCUAUCAAGCUACAGACUUUGACAGAUGACAAUAUUGAGGAUAUUGGACAAAAUAUUAAACAAGUGUCUGAAGAACCAGUGUCUAAGAAACCUAAAAAGAUAACAUUCUAAUUUAUUUCAUGUACCUACAAAUAAAACAUUUAAAAAGGUAA